AUGUCUCUCGUCAACCUCGCCCACGUCUGCUCGCACCUGCAGAAUGCGUCCAAGGCGCGCCUGGGCGUGACCUCGAUCCCCGUGUCCAAGCUGCACGUGAACCUGAUGCUGGGCCUCCAGCGCGAGGGCUUCCUCUCCAGCGUCGUGCUCGGGGGGCCCACGCCCCCGAAGCCGUACCUCCUGCAGUCCCAGCCGUCGCCCGAGUCGCUCGACAAGAUGGCGGGUAAGCUCCGGGACCAGCCGUGGCUUGCGUACCCUGCGCCAGAAGAGACAGACAGCGACAGCGACAGCAGCACAUUAGCGAGCGAUAUCAGUAGGCGGCGAGUAGCGCUCAGCAGGUCUCCGCUCGGCGCCGAAGAAGCGCACCACGAGACGCCCGUCCCCGAGAACCCCGCGAGGCGGAGGCUGUGGUUGGGUCUCAAGUACUGGAACAACGAGCCCGUGCUGAGGAACAUGAAGCUGGUCAGCAAGCCCACGCGGAGGAUAUGGCUGACGAGCGAGGACCUGGGCAAGAUCACGAGGACCCGCGAGAGCAGCUACGUCAAGGGGUUGACUAGGCCCGGAGAGUGCAUGUUCGUGACUACGGAUAGGGGCAUCUUGGAGGCGAGGGAGUGCGUGGAGAGGAGAAUCGGCGGCAUGGCCCUUUGUAGGGUUUGGUAGAGGGGUGGAUGGAUGGAUGGAUGAUGGCUGUGGAGAGCAAUGGCUGUGGAGAGCAAUGGCUGUGGAGAGCAAUGACUGCGGUCUCACUUUUUUUGGUCACGAACGUCGCUUCGUUGACAUGUUAUGUGUGUAUGUAUAUAUGUACUACCAUCGAAAGGGGGAUGCAUAGGAUCUCGGCUCUGAAACAGCAUGGCAUGGCAUGGCGUCACGAGAAGAAAAUGAACGAAGAGAAGAGAAAAAACCCUAGACGAGGGAAGUGACAUGUAUGAAUACGAAGUAAGAUUAUUCGAACGAGUCCUUAGAUGUACUGUUACUAUUACUGCAG